AUGAACGAAGUUCGCGAGACCUGUCCCGUUUUCCGCGUUCUUAUCAUCGGAAGAGUGAACGCGGGAAAGACAACGAUCCUACAGAAGGUGUGCAACGUCAGCAAAGACAACAAGCCUAUAGUUUACGACGCAGAUGGGAACAAGUACAGUAUAAAUGCUCUGACUCGGGUUUUGCUGUCUCACUGUUGGCGGCAGCGUGGACGCCAUGACAUCACAAAUCAGAUCACAUACCCAGGAAGCCGCUUUAUAUUUCACGAUUCAAGGGGGAUUGAGGCUGGCUCCGUGGACGAGUUUCAAAUCAUACACAACUUUGUGCGCGAGCGGGCGUCCAAGCAGUCGCUUUCCGAGCAUUUGCAUGCCAUCUGGUGA